GCUGGAAGAAUUGGCAAAAAACGAAACAAAAGUGUAAGAUGGAGCUGCGAGUCAAGAAGAAACAGAAGAAAAGGAAAUGAGGCGAACCUCUCGACGGAAACACAGCCUACAAAAGCAAGUGCUUCCAAAUAAAGCGAAAGAAACAGAUCAGAUGCAUACCCUGGACCGGUGCGAUAGCACCCAUGUUGAAAAGAAAGUCCUCUAGUUGUGAAGCUCCUGUCCUGAGAGUUGCAAAGGUAGAGUUCCAUAUUAGAUCAGGCUGUAUGCCGAAGUUCGAACCGACCGGUAGAACGCGUGGUGAAAUUCCAGUUGCUCUGUCUGACUGGCAUUGUUUUUUCUUGAACGAAAUGAAUUCCUCAUUUCCGUUUCCCCUCUCACUCUCGGCUAGCGCCUACGCACUGUCGAUUUCCGGGUGGCAGCGACAGAUCGGCAGCGUCGUCGACGCACCGCAGAUCAGUCGAAUUGGCGGGCGUCUUCCGCGAAGUUGCUGUUCUUUUCUGAAGCCUCACAGAAGACAAACCCCACGCGAGGUUUCCACGUCUCUCACUUUUGGUAGCCCAUUCAAAAAUCCGAAAACGCACUCUCGCACUGCGACCUGUCUCCGGAUAGACUGGAGCCGCUCGGCGGCUUGAAGGCGAGAAAGUCAGGCGAGUUUUUUCCCUGUCCGGAGCCGCGGCAGGCGAUGCGGUCCAGGAAAGGGGCAAAGUGUUUCUCGGCUUCCUAGCUUUCACGGUUCUCUCCGGGUCGUCCCCGGCGAUCUCUCUCUGAGACGGAGACAGCAAAGGCGAGAGGCCAGCUCCAGCCUCACUAUUUCUUCUUCAGUCUCCACGCACAUUUGUUUACGCUGUGGUUGCCCCGCUGACUGUUUCUUUUUUGGAGAGUUUUGUGUGCGUCUCGUCUAGUUCGAGGUCCCUCUUUUUGUCCGUUUUUCUUUGUAAACCACGCGCUUCCCUUCCAUAAAGACACCACCUCUUGUUUUUGUGUCUCUCUCGACCACUCGCACUUCGUCGUCCUCACCGCGCGUCGUUUCCAAAAUCCACGAAACAGCCGCUGCACGCGUUUCCCGUCGUAGGUUUUCUUUUACGGAGACACCUCGAAAAUGCGAGUCUCGUCGUCGGUCUCGUUCCUCGCCACAGCGGGGUCGACGCUGCUGCUCUCCGGUCUGUUCGCAGAGGCUGCAGACGUACCGACAGUCUGCAACUCGCCAGCGAAGCCCGUGGAAUUGGUCUCUGAGACAAACGCGCCUCUGCGUCUUCGCUGCGGCAAAAACUUCCCCGAACUGGUUCCACUUGACGGACGGGCGUUCGCAGUCGAUGCCGACGGCUCGUGUGGCGCGACACUCGUCGACGCAGACCUCGUUCAGGUCGCCCUCAGGCCGCUGCCCGCCAGCGAGCCUGCGAAUGAUCCGAAGGGCUACCUGGUGAGUUUCACAAAGAACGCUGUCGAGAAAGACACGAAAAUCUGUUUCCGUUGCGCGCCGUCGACGGAGCCCUCUCCCAAGCCUCCCGCCGCCGGGUCGGCGGCCUCCCAGGACUCCUGUGUGAUUUUCGUCACUCUGAAAACGGCACACGGCGCGGUCGCCGCUGCUCCCGUCGAGCCUGGGAGCUCCGCAAUCAAUGCAGACCCCACGGGAACGUCUGCGCAGAAAGAAGAGACCGAGGAACUCGGCUCGGCGGACGCUUCUGAGGAACCUGAGGCGACGAACUCGCCCGCCGCGGGGGUCUCUGCUCCAGGUGUGGAGGUAAGGAGGCCAAAGGAUGGGGAAGACGCGACGCCCAUGGAGGCGAAAGAGACCGUUCCUCGAGUCUCCGUGGCGCCGAUCUGCUCGGAAAAGCAACACAAAGUGACUGUUGCGCCCAAGGAACAAACGACUUUCGGCUGCGGACCCUCGAUGGCGCUCGAACCUGCAGACCGCACCACGGUAUUCUUGGCAGGAAACGACGAACAGUGCGGCGGCGAGCCUGUCGUGCUCUCCACAGCUUUGCCUGGCUCCCAACUCACUGCAGAGAACAUCUCUGGACAAGAAAUUUUCACCUUCACUGCCGGUGCCCUUCCGGCCGACGAAAGUAGGCACUUCUGCUACCUCUGCUCGUCGACUGAAGCCUCUGAAACAAAAGCCCAGUGCAGAAUGCUCGUCACAGUCACGUCUGCUGCCUCGAGUUUCGCUGUGUCCCUCGCGAAACUCGGAGCCGCGACCAUCUUCGCGACAGUCUUGUCUCUCGCCUUCUAAAAAAAUGGCGGCUCGCCGUACAAGGCCAAUAAAAACGAAGCACAAGCGAGGCCCUCGCGUAGCUGUCAAGAGGCUGUCAAAGAAGAUCUGCACUCUUGUCCGAAGGUCACAGAGUGAGCGUUUCUUGCAGGACCAGCCGGACGAUCCAGAAGUGUACAGAGGCUGCUUUAUUCGAUGCGUUUUUCGCCAGAGAGAGCAAGUGCACAGAAAGCAGACGCGUGUGUCUGCUUUUGCACGUCUAGACGCUCGUGAACCCUUUUCGUUUUCCGGUCUUUGCCGGACUCACUCGUGCUGCGCUUUUUUCCUUCGUGUCGGAAAACGCUUUCCACCGCACAAUUUUUUUUCUCCGCAUACCGCAUUGCGCCUCUCCGAGGGGAGUGUCAAGACGCACUCUUUCAAUUAUGAAGUUUCGAUUUUCGCGUGUGAAAGAGGAAACAGCUGGAACAACACUGGAAGAAAGGGAUGUCUGUCUCGUUGAGAGACCACGGGAGAGCAGUCGAAAUCCACUUUCACAAGUACGAUCCAAAGGACGACUUUCAAGAGUCCCCGCUAGGACACCGAGAACUAGAUAUAUUCUCACGUUGCUUCGUUGGGGUGUGGUCAAACUCUUUCAACGGUUUCAAUGUCAACUGGCCUCUGGCAGACCUGAGAUUCGACCCUCGCGCUGUUUCUCUAUCCUGCAAUUCCCUCCUUGUGCGCACCUGAAUCACACGUGAUAGCUCUGGCCUACGGAUCUUUCUUGUUUUUCGUACAGGAAGACGUUCCGUACUCUUCCUGUAUCUGUGGAGGUCUACAGCUGAGUUUCUCGCUUUUUUUCUCUCUCUCCGCUCUUUUGAGCCGGUCCAAAUGCUAGGAAUAAAGGAAUGACGGCCUCCUCUGUCGACACCGGUGGAGGAGUCUAGCACUCCACCACCACGACGAAAACAACGGGUUCUUAGACUUCUUUGUUCACUUCAUCAGGGAAAACUGCUGUCGC